CUGAGAGUUGAAGCUAUGCCCAUCUAAACACAGCUAUGCUGGUGGAACAGGUGAGGAGAAUGAGAGGCGGCACGAAACCCAAACAACUACUGAACGGUGAGCUGAAACUGGAAGAAUGAAAGCAAGAAGGGUAGAAGAAACAUAUUAAGGGGGCUCCAGCAGCGCCAUGGCAGAGAUGGACAGCCUCGAAUACCAGAUCCUGGCCGCCUACGCCCAGCAGCGGGAAGUUCGGAGCAGGCCUGGGAUCCUCAUGCCGAUGUUCCGCUCGGAAGGACUCGAGGAGAAAGUGGAAAAACAAGGAAGGAGGUUGGAGAAACCAGCCUGGAAGCAGGGGGUUCCCCAGUACCAGGGGGGUUGGAGCCCACCCCUCCGAUUCCCCAAAUUGCUGCCGUCUGGGGAGUCGCUGAAGUUGGAGGCCAGAAAUUUGGGGGAUGACGAGGAAGAGGAUUUCCAGGGCUUCUCUUUCCAGGGCCCCACUGUGAAGCAGAUGGGGGCGGCUAGCCCACAGGUUGAGCCGGCAGUAGCCAUCGCCAACAGACUUGCCGAGAUCGUGCAUGCCCAGCCGCAGCAGGACUCUUUUAAGAAGGUGGUUUUUCGGUGUGCAGGAGAUUCCCAGAACACCAUCAGAAAAGAGAGCGAAGACCAGAUCAUUAUGAAAAUUGUUGAGUUGCUGAAAUACGCCGGAGAUCAGCUGCAACAAGAGUUGAAGAAAGACAACACCCUGAAGGAUGUGGUCCAGAAGCUGAACUACUCCACCUUCAAGAGCAUUGUCGACAGAUUCCUGGGAGGGGUGAACACCCGGGGAAAGCCUGAAGUGGGCACCCUGAGGACCAGAGUGGCCUUCGCCGUUGAUGUCACCGCCCGCCUCACGUCUGUGGACAACCACCCCAUGAACCGGGUGCUGGGCUUUGGCAGCAAGUACCUGCGGGAGAAUUUCACGCCCUGGGUCCAGCAGCACGGAGGAUGGGAGAAGGUGCUGGGAGUAGCCCAUGAGGAUGAAGUGGAAUGAGCAAGAACAACUUUGCUUCCUGGAGUACUCAACGCCUCCCUCCCUCCCCCCAACUUCCCACUGCCCAAGGGAAAGGGACAGAAACGGGUCUGCCCAGAGAGCACCAGAGGGUUUGAAUGCCAGACCCCCUCACCCUUAGCAGCCCUGGAUUCCGGCAGCCUGGCAGAGCAGCUGGGACCCACUGGGGCCGAUGCUGGACUCUCCCCUUCGACCUUCCCCAACCUAAGAAGGACACAGCAGCGAGGCCUAGGCCUGUUUGUGGCCCACUUCCCCUGCCCCCGCCCAGUCCCUCGCUCAUGCCAAAGCAGAUUAGUAGGAAGAUUUGGAGGGUAUUCCAGAGGCAGAGCCACCAGUGGCACCGAGUCUGGGGCCCUAACAGCCCCUCACAGGACCCAGGUGAGACUGGUCUAAAUGGAGCCUCCUGCCACUGAAGGCCCACGGACACAGAACAAUAGCAAUAAA